CACUGACAGCGCUGUCGAUAAAGCAGCCUGUCUAUUUAGAUUUGGUUAGGAAAACGAAAAAUCCAACUAAAAGCGCUUGAAAAGCGCUAGAAUCUUUCCGACAGUAAAGUAACUAUAAAUUGCUGUUUACCUUUAUGUGAAUAAAUAGCGCUGUAGUCCAGCGUAGUUACAGCUGCGCGAGCUAUAACAGCUCAAAUCAUACCAUCAAUAAAACAUAAUUCCUCCAACCACUAUUUGCCAGAUAGUGUUCUAAGCGCUCAGAUAUCUUCGGCGAUAGAAUGGCGACAACAUUAGCGGGUAGUGGGAAUUAUAGAGAUUUAAGUAAACCAGAUAAGCAAGGUUUUAAUGAAUUAAAAGAAAAUUUACAAAAUGGGAAAACAACCAAUGGUUAUGUUAAAUCAAAUUUCAGAAAUGGUGACACCAAGUUCAGUUUAUCGGGCGGGGGAAUACCAAAGAUGGACUGGUCCAAGUAUGACACAUUCCCUGGCUCCUUCGAGAAGUGCACAUUGCUAACAGCGGUGCUGACUCACUUUGGCCUGUACAUUCUGAUGUUCCUUGGCUUUGUGAACCAGCUUCUGUUCACACCAAAGGUUGCCACAGAGAAGAAUAGAGAGGGGUACGCGCCGCUGUACGACCCGUUCGAGACAUUCUUCUCGCGCUACGUGUACCGGCGCGUACAGCACUGCUUCAACCGCCCCAUCUGCUCCGCGCCCGGCUCCGAGCUCACACUCAAGGAGCGCUGUACUGAUGACCGCAACUGGACCUUCAGGUUCACGGGCACGGAGCGGCGCUGCAUCAACCUGGGCUCGUACAACUACCUCGGGUUCGCGGGCGGCAGCACGCAGGCGGCGGUGGCGGCGGCCACGCGCCGGUUCGGGCUCGCGCUGUGCUCGCCGCGCGCCGAGCUCGGCACCACGCAGCUACAUCGCGACCUCGAAGAGACCACUGCUAAGUUCCUCGGAGUUGAGGCGGCCAUCGUGGUAGGCAUGGGGUUCGGCACGAACACGCUGGGGCUGCCCGGCCUGCUGGGCCCCGGCAGCCUGGCGCUCAGCGACGAGAAGAACCACGCGUCGCUCAUCAUGGGGCUGCGCCUCGCGCGCGCCACCGUCCGCGUCUUCCGGCACAACGACGUCCGCCACCUCGAGCAACUCGCGCGCGCCGCCAUCGCAGAGCGCAAGUGGACCAAGAUCGUCAUCGUGGUGGAGGGCGUGUACAGCAUGGAGGGCACCAUCGUGCCGCUGGCCGCCAUGGUGGCGCUGAAGCAGCGCCUGGGGCUGCAGCUGUACCUGGACGAGGCGCACAGCAUCGGCGCGCUGGGCUCGCGCGGCCGCGGCGUCUGCGACCACGCCGGCGUGGCGCCCCGCGACGUGGACGUGCUCAUGGGCACCUUCACCAAGAGCUUUGGGGCCUCCGGCGGGUACAUCGCGGGUAAGUCGGCGACGUCGCUUCGCGGCUGGGCUACAGACCUCGACGUGACUAGGCUCGAAUACAUUGCGUCGGUUUGUGCAGGGUCGGCGAAGCUGAUCAACUGGAUCCGGCAGUACGGACACAUGCACACGUACGCGCACGCCAUGUCGCCGCCGGUGGCGCAGCAGAUCGUGGCGGCCAUGCGCCUGCUGGACGAGCCGCCCGGCCGCGCGCGGCUACUGGCGCUGCGCGACAACACGCACUACUUCCGCGACGAGCUGCGGCAGCUGGGCGUGGUGACGCUGGGCCACCCCGACUCGCCGGUGGUGCCGGUGCUGGUGUACACGUUCAGCAAGAUGGCGGCCACCGUCGAGCGCCUCACCGACAGCGGCGUCGCCACCGUCGGCGUCGGCUUCCCCGCCACGCCGCUCAACAAGGCGCGUAUACGGUACCAAAAGUACCUGAAAAACGUCAAAAGAAAGGUCGGCAAACGUGCAAACGGAUUACUUGAUGUUGCGACAUUACUCGAUAGGGUCACGUUCGAGGAGACGCACGAGCUGGUGGUGAACGCGUCCGUGGAGUUUAUCUUGACAUUUGCACCGCAUCCAGGGCAAGGAGUGUGGCCAAUACGAGUUUGGAUUAAAACAGACGGUGGCGACACGUCUCGACCGCUGCUGGUCACUGCGAGGCGAAGAAUAGGCGCCUGGACGUGGCAGCUGCCGUACCGGUCGGGCAGCUCGCUGCUGUACCAGCUGGAGCGCACGCUGUGCCCCGACGACAGCGUCGACGUGGAGAAACUCGAUGAAAACUGUGAAUCGGACGAUCCAUCGGUUUCGGCGUCGGGCGAGUUCUCCCUGCACGUGGGCUCGUCGUGCGCGGCGCCGUCGCGCGUGCAGCUGCGCGCCUCCUUCGUGCGCGACUGGCGACUGCCGUUUAAGUCGUCUACCUCCGUGGUCACGCAACAGGUUCGUACACUUCCAAUUUGGUCCUUUAAUUCAAAUACGUUGGGAGCCCCGCGCGUGCACACGUACCAGUUCCUGCCGGAGCAGUACAGCGUGCGCCUCGUGGUGGAGGCCUCCGACGACGUGUGCGCCACCAUCGCCGUGCAGAACUACACGGUCUGUACAGUUUGCACUCUCUGCCAGUGUCCGAUAGCAGAAUCUCUGGAGGAAAUCGAAAUAUCGACCCUAAGGAUGACCGUGCUGCGGUCCGGCGCAAUGCAGAUCUCGCGGAGCCGGUACCCGCGCGGCUUCUACGUGCUGGCCGUGGUGCACGACUCGGACGCGGCGUGCCGCGAGGAGGACGCGCCCGAGGUGGACUGGCUGUGGGAGGCCGCCGUGCUGCAGCAACUGCAGGAGCCCGAGCACUCCGCGCCGCCGCGCCGCAAGGCGCUCACUCUGCACGUGCGGGCGUCGCUGUCACGCGAGCAGUACGCGGGGGCGGCGGCCGCGUCGCUGGCGCUCUUCGUGAUGUUCUACGUGCUGUUCGGGGCGUUCGUGCUGGCGCAGCGCCUGCCGCGCUGGAAGAACCUGGUCGGCCCGCGCGCCGUCCUCGCACGCAAACCAGAAGAGGGUGCAAGAUCUGAGAUCGACAGCGUUGUAUCGCUGUCACCGCGACAACGACGACGCCGUGACUCCACCGCGACGUUCGACAGCAGCGACAACAGUGACACGGACGAGGAAGACACGGCGACCGGCACCACCACCGUGGCCACCGUGACCACCCCUCCACCCGCCGUGGUCGCUGUCAGCACCCAGGACGAGACCAACCCCGGCAGUAGGAGCGCGGUGUCAGUGGGCACGGACCCCGCGCCGCCGCCCGGCGAUGGUGUCACCACGAGGGUGGACUCCAGCGUGGUGCCCGGCGGCGACGACACGCGGCGCUCGGCCAUAGAACAGUCCACUCAAACCAGCAAUGGUAUACACGGCUUGGAUGCUGCAGGAGAACAGACGGAGGCCCCGCGGCCGUUCGGGCUGCCGGCGCGGCUGCACGUGGCGGCGCUGGCGCGGCGGCGCGCGCGCGUGCUGGCGGCGCGCUCGGACCGCUACCUGUACACGCUGUACACCGUCGGCCUGUUCUACGCGCUGCCCGUGCUGCAGUUCGUCGCCGCCUUCCAGAUCUUCCUCAACUUCUCGGGGUCGCUGGACACCUGCUACUACAACUUCCUGUGUGCGCACCCGGUGUCGGGGCUGUCGGACUUCAACCACGUGUUCUCCAACAUCGGCUACCUCUUGCUGGGCGCGCUGUUCAUGCUGCAGGUGCGCCGCCGCAGGAUGCGACGGAAGAGGAAGCCCAGAGACGAGGUACUAGCCGCUGGCAGCUGGCUCUGGUUACCCAGACGAGACUGCCUCGUACUAAGUACAAGUGGACGCUUGCAGGAGUACGGGAUCCCGGCACACUACGGGCUGCUGUCGUCGCUGGGCGCCGCCAUGAUGAUGGUGGCGCUACUGUCCGCCACCUACCACGUCUGCCCCAACGCACUCAACUUCCAAUUCGACACGGCGUUCAUGUACGUGCUGGCAGUGCUGUGCAUGGUGAAGAUCUACCAGGCGCGCCACCCCGACAUCAACGCGCGCGCCCACGCCACCUUCGGCGUGCUGGCCGUGCUCAUCUUGCUCGAGAAGCAGAGCCUGGCGGAGGCGGCGCGCGAGCUGGCGUCGGUGCCGGCGCGCGGCCUGCGUCCGCUGUACUCGGCGCGCCUCGUCAUGCUGCUCAUCGCCAACGCCGUCAACUGGGCCUUCGCGCUCUACGGCGCACAGUUGUGGGUCGGACGGCAGGGACAGCAUGAGUGUGUGUGUAGACUGUUCACGCAGAGCGCGGACUUCGCGUCGCACCUGCUGUCGGUGCUGCUGUGCAACACGCUGCUGUACAUGGCGGUCUACCUCUGCAUGAAGUUGCUGCACGGCGAGCGCCCGCGCUGGUACGCCUGGCUCUACCUCGCCGCCGCCACCGCCGCCUGGACGCCCGGACUCUACUUCUUCGUCACCGGCAGCACCGACUGGGCGACGACCCCGGCGCUGUCCCGGCACCUGAACCACGAGUGCCGCGUGCUACAGUUCUACGACUCGCACGACUUGUGGCACUUCCUGUCGGCCAUCGCUCUCUACUUCACCUUCAACGUCCUGCUGACGUGGGACGACGGGCUCGCUGCCGUCAAACGCACCGAAAUCGCCGUCUUCUAAUAAAUGCCUUUCUUUUUAAAUGUUUUUAUUCUAAUUUCGUGCUUUCAAUAUUACACGCACAACAGCCCACAAGUGAGACAGACACUGUAAGAAUUAUAUGAUUUGCACUUUGUGUUGCUCAGCCCAAGCAGGGACACCGCCACCGUGGUCUGGCGACUUGGCGACGCACUUAGUACCGACAAAAAUUUAGCAGAUGGCGUCACAAGUCCUAAAGUCAAAGUCAAAAAUCAUUUAUUCCAAUUAGACCUUUACAGGCACUUUUGAACGUCAAACAAUUUUUUUUUAAAAAUAGUGUCAGUCUGUCGGUCAGUCCUCUUAGUGAAGCUAUUUGCUCGUUCCAAUGUGUAGAUUCCGAUGG